GAUAACGAAGUGUUUGUAGCGAGACGGAAGUUCAACCUUGAGCUGUUUGAAGCUUGGUCGGGAAACGAAAGAAAUUCACAGUUGCUUUGUGAUCGUUUUAAUCUGAUUGAUUAUCAUGGCUCUGAAAAGGUUGGCAAAGGAAUUGAAAGACAUCACAUCAGACCCUCCUGCAGGUUGUUCAGCUGGUCCAGAGGUAGACACAGACAUGUUCAGUUGGAAAGCAACGAUUCAAGGACCGGAUGAUAGCCCUUAUUCUGGUGGACUCUAUUUCCUGAAGAUACAGUUUCCCACAGAUUACCCAUUUAAACCUCCCAAAGUUUCCUUUACAACAAAGAUUUACCAUCCAAACAUCAACAGCAAUGGCAAUAUUUGUCUGGACAUCCUCAGAUCUCAGUGGUCACCAGCACUCACUGUUUCAAAAGUCCUGUUGUCCAUAAAUGCCUUGAUGACAGAUCCAAAUCCAGAUGAUCCACUGAUGCCAGAAAUUGCCAAGCUGUACAAGACAGACCGUGCAAAAUACAACAAAAUGGCCAUGGAGUGGACCAAGAAGUACGCCAGUUAAUGGAUAAUGGACUAGAUCAGCCCAGCUGCCUAGAACAUACACUUUGAACUGUGAUAUGAAAAACAAAUUUGUGGAAGAUUGAAAGUAUUUGUGUGGUCUUUUAUUAAGUACUUGAAGUAACAGGGUUUACUUAAAAAGCAUGGUGAUGUGUUGUCUUGUAUUUGAAAGAAAACAUUUUCAUUUGUCCCCAACUUUUUCAUUUAUUUGCAUGCUGGAUUUCCAUUAUUAUUUGAGGUAGAAUUCUUAAAUGUUAUGCCCUUGAGAUAAAUAAUCAGAGGAAUACUUUUGUUUGGUCCAUCUGUAUGGUUUUUUUUCCACUGGUCAUCACUUUUCAUAGUUGAAUAACUGGAAGGUCAAGGCCAAAACUAUAUACAAAUAAAGGUCAAGGUCAUUUGUAAAAGCAAAAUUUGCUAAUAUUGCCAAGUUAGGGGCAUAAUGCUUUCCAAACUCAUGUUGUUUAGUUCUGAAGUCUCCAAUGCAUAACAUUUUUGUUCUUCUGCUUUAUUAAAUUCCAGCAUUUUCAUUUUAUAUUUGUUAUCUGAAUUAAGUAAAUUAUGUGUAAAUAGAUAUUACUCUCAUUAAAACAGUUGUAUGUUUGAGACCAAGAGGUUUUUACGUAGCAUUCCGUGACUUCUUGUUACAGGCAGACUUUCUUUUUCAUAUACUUUGCGUAAUACUUAAAUAAGGAGCUUUAUAUGGUAAGGGCCAAGUUUGAUCCCCGAGUUUUGUUUAAAACAAAAGUUUGAUUUGAUUUUGGAACAGAAGGUAUGUACAUCUCUCUGAUACAUGUUUAUACAUUGAUUAAAAAUGCUUAUGAAAUCAAAUGAAUACCGAAGCAAAAAUACUAUAGUAAACUUGUCGCACAAAUAAUUUUUUUUUUCUUUUGAGUAUUUUAAUAACCUAACACGAUAGUUCUGGUACAACUUAGAAAGGGCAAAAAAGUUUUGCAAUAGUAAAUCAAAGUGGCUUUCUUUUUAUAUUAUUUCACUGUACAGGUUAUUCAAAGUUUAAUUGCAGGUUUUUUUUUUAAAGUAUCAAAGUAUUCACAACAUGUGUUUAAAGUUUUUACUUGUGUCAAAUUACAACAAAUUUGACAAAGAUGUUUAUAUAUCGUUCAGAAUAUGUCUUUUUAGAUUUCAGGUGAAUUUUAAGAGAUUAAUAAGGGAUCAAAUGAGACUCUAACCAUUUAAUGACUUCUUUUGAUUGAGUAAUUUUUGCAUGUGUGUUUGAAUGUAUAUGAAUUGUUUUGAGUGCUUGAUUAUUUUCUUUUUCUUUUUUUUUUUCUUUUUUUUUUUUGUUGUUGCCAUGUUUAUAUAAUUUAUUUGCACAAUGAAAAUAAUUGACACUAUGGUGUACGAGAUAAUGUGUCUUUUCAAUUAUCUUGCUCAAGACAAAAGCAACACAAACAUAGUCCAGGAUCGUUUUCUGUAGAAUUUUACAACAGAGACACAAGACUGGGGGGAAAAAAUGGUUGGAAUUCACAAAUUUUAAGAGCAAAUUUCGCAUAACAAUGUAGGAAAAAUCACUGAAUUUUGUGUCAGGGCUGUUCUUCUGGGUGAUAACAUUCAAUGUACAUGCACUUUCUUACAGUGUUAAUCCAAAAAAAAUGGAAACAUACAAUUUUUUAUUGGGAGUUAUAACUGGAAUUUUUUUUUUAAUAAAGAAGUAAAUCAAUUUAUAUGAAAAUGAAGUGUCUUAUUUUAUGAAAUCAAAUUCCAUGCAAAUUUUUAUCAAAUGUUGAACAAUUUUGAAUUAUUGAAAGGGUACAGAGAUUAAAAACAACUUGAAUUGGAUUACACAUUAAGCAACAGUUCAUUGAGGUUCUGAAAUCCUUGUUGUCAUAAUGAACUUCGUCAUUAAAUCAUUAAAUGAA